CUCGUUUGUGCCUUACACGUGAAUAUCGUCGACCAAGGUCAAUACAUCGGUAUAAUUAUUAGAUAUUAUAAAAACUUGAAAACUUUGCAACGUUCAUAAUCGUCGUGCUUGGAAAAUUAACGAGCUCCUUGUUUUUUCGUUCUUAACUGAUUUUCCAUCUAGAUCCUGUUUGAACGUGACAAGGGAAUCAGCUAAAUCGCGUUUACUUUUCGCUAAUUUUCCGCUUCUUAAUUUUUUCCCGUACCUCUUCCCUUGACUUUUAACGACUUCAAUGGAAAGUUCUUUUCAACGAAAAGUAUAAGUUUUUACAAACGAGGAAAGUAAUCGAUAAUUUUCUUCUCGGCUAAUUUUAGAUUUGUUAAAGGCGCUACUACAGUUUGAUAGAGCGUUAGUAACGAAGUAACGCAAACUGGGUUACAGAGCGAUAAUAAUCGAGCGAGAAAGAGAAGAAAGAACGCGGAAACCGUUGACUACGUACGUACGUACGUAAAUAAUUCCUAUUUUCUUCCUUUUUCUCUCUCUCUCUCUCUCUCUCUCUCUCUCGAUCGCACGGCCUUACGGUUCUUUGGCUAUUCAUGCGUGUCAUUCGCGCGACUCUGCGUGUCUACAAGCGUGGUAACUACGCAUGUGUGCGCGUGCGAUGUUCCUGAUAAUUUGCUUGGACGAGUAUACACGGCUGUUAUCCUAUCCACAGGAUAGAGCAAUAAUUUUUCACUUUAUUUUACGCAGGCUCGUGUAGCAAGGUACCUUUCGACGAACGAAAAACAAAAUUGUUCGCUCCUCCACGGCAGGAAACGCGUCGAGCGUUAGUCAUGCGUGCGUCGACCGACGGUUCAAUAACUUUGAUAAGAGAGCGAAAGACAGUAGGAAAAAGAGGAGAGAGAUAUUCGGACGUGGGCAGGUGAAGGGGAAGACAUUAGGAUGCGCAAGGUGGGUCGAGCCAUAGAGACACCAAAGUCGUUAAUGGUAAAACAUCGUUACACAAUGGACGGUAUAUCAAACCAUAUUAAACAAUGGCGUCGCUGACCCACCGUGUAGGGAGACCGGAAACGAGGAGGAACCGAACGGGGAUUCGAACACAACGGCUGAACGGCUCUUUCAUUGUUGAAAUGUUAGUUUGUCCUGACGAGUAGUCAGUCAACCACCGCAUUUCAUAGUUCGUGCAGCGUGCCGUGAGACUUAUACUCUUUUCCUCAUUCCUACACAUAUUUCAAAUAAAGACGAUAUCGCGAAUCGUCCGGGUUCAAAAAUCGAGCUCUUUACAAUUUCGGAACAAGCGGAAAAUCGUUUUCGUUGCGAAGAUGAUCGUGAGAUCGAUAGGAGCUCCUUGAGAUACGCGAGAGUCGAUCGAUACGAUAUCCUCUUAUUUCGUUUUCUCUAUCACUUGUCGUUGAAUGAGAAUACGUAGAAAAAUUCUGACACGAGAUUCUUCAUGAGACCAGGAGAGGCAAGGCGUCUGAUCAAAAUUUUUCUCUUACGUACCAUUCUCUGCAGAAAAAAGCAAGACAAACGGAAAGAAGCAGAGUCCCGAAGAAAAACGAAAGAGAUCGUAGUUGCGGACGACGGGCGUUGCGCUUGCUGCCUGAAGCCUUUCUUGAUCGGACGCGGUAUAAGUUGCAGCGAUUGCGGCGCCAGAUCCUGCAGAAAAGUUUGUUCUCGUUGGGACUGCGAGGACAACGCCUGGCAUUGUCUCUUCUGCCAUCAGCAAAGGUCGUGGGCGAGGAAAAGGGAGAAGUGGUUCGAAACUUUUGGCGGUACGUUCAAAGAGGAGGAAUUACAUCGUUACUUCGAUACGGCUAAAUCUCGAGUCUAUGUCGCAGGAGUGGAAAAUGCAGCUACUGGUUCGGGUUUGGACCUGGCCACGGGUGGUCAAGAGGACUCGAACACGAUGGAAACCGUUAGAGCCUUUAUCGAGAAAAUAAUCGAAGAUCUGAUCGGUAACGUGGACGACGCGUCUAUCGAUCGUCUCUACGAUCAUCCAGAAUAUGACAGGCUUUUGGCAACGUACAGCGUGCAAUUGGCCGAUGCUCUGGCUCGAUUGGCGGUCUCCGUACAUCACAGUAUUGCGAACAAACCUUCGACGGAUUCGCCAACAAUGGCACAUUCGGCUCUUCGCGAGCUCGUCGAACGGGCCGUCGAAGAGGCCAAAAAGUUACCUGGUCUCGCUGGCUCGUCCACCGAUAAUCAGCGGACGAACGAAGAGUGUAAUAUUUCGGAGCACAGCUACGAAGAUCUUCUCGCCACUGCGAUAUUGAAUAAAGUCAUCGAGAAAUUCCAAAGAGAACAAGUAGAUGGAAAUAGCAACGUCCUGCAUGAAAAGCCUUCGGCUAAAGCGGAAAGCGAAACCGAAUUAGGUCUCGACGAAGGCGUCGAAGAAGGUAGCAGCAGUUUGGAACCUUUGUCUCAGGACGAAUGUAGCAGCGAUUGCAGCGGACCACGUUCGAGGCACUCGCGAAAUCGUCAAGAGCCAUUAUCCCUUACGAUAGAGGAACGAAUAGAAGAGGUAACGACCACCUAUACGUCCGACGAAGAUCCCCCGGAAUGUGUAAAGAAUGGUUUACGCAUCACAAAUGUUCGUCGUGUGCCAUUUCCGGAGCUUGGUAUGGACAUCAUCGAUCCAUCUCAGGAAUCUUCCGAUGAAAGCCAAGACGAAGAGUACGUGUCGACGGUUCACGUCGAUCUCAUAUCACCGUUUCAAUCCUGGGAAGAGAAUUGGCUAUUUCAAAAGAAGAGGGUACCGAUUCAAUCGGACCCUGUUGCCAUGCUCGUACCAAGCUCCAGCGCCGAUUUUAAAGCUUUGAUCGGCGAUAAGGAUGCCGAGGAUACGUCCGAUCUUUCCGAAUGUUCGUCGGCACAAUCUGACGAAGAAAUCGAAAAGGAACUGAUAGAAGCGAUCAAUAAUGUUGUACCACGAUCGCCGAGAAUGUCGGAAUGCGAGAUGGUAGAAAGCUCGCUGAAUGAAAACGAAGUUGCUCGUAAGAAUAUUGAAGAUUUUCAUUCGAAGUCUUGCGAAUCUAUUGAAACGUUAUUGACGUUGGAUAACAAAGAUGUAACUACUAGCGAAUUGUGUAACGGUGACGUUAAGUGCGUUACAGAAGAGACGAACGACGGAAAGAACGCGAUCGAGGAAAUUCAGAAAGAGACGAAACUCGUGAAGAUUUCUUCGAACGAUGGCUUCGCGAAGGAAGAAACAAAUUGUAAAAUAGAAAUGAAUGAUAAAAAGUUUGAGAUAGAGUCGGCGGAAUGCGAAGUCGAAAAUAAGCAAAUGGUAGAUUCGAAGACUGAAAUGCAAAGAGCGGAUAUCGGAUUACUUCAGUCUCAAAAGGAUACCUCGCCGGAUGUGCCAAUGAUACCGACUUCGUCCACGUCAGAAAAUAAUUUUGAAAUUGUAACUAACGUGGCAGUUUUGGAUUUCAACGAGAAGGAAAUCUUUAAUUCUUUGGAAGCGACUCGGAAAAUAAUGGACCAGGAUAUCAAUGGUGAAGAGGAUAAGACACCGUUGUACUCGUUAGACGUCUAUUCUAAGGAGGAAGUACACUUCGAAGAUGGUGCUCAGCAAGAAAGUGAAUAUACCGAACAUUAUGAUACAGCUACGCAAAGACACUUGGACAGUUUAACGAAAGAUGACAUCUACGUAUCGCAAAAUGACAUAAUUAAUAACGAAGUAUUGGAAAUCACCGAGUUAACGUCAAAUUCGUUGUUCGAAGAUGAAACGAGCAAAUGCCGAGAAGCUGUGGCAUUUGCCAAAGCUGAGUCGGCUUCUUAUUUGUCCUUGGAAAAGAUAGCCGAUAAAGAUAUACAACUGGCUACACCUCCACGUCCAGGUACCAUCGCUGAAAGAGAACAUAGAAAGUGGGAAAAUGCACCACCGAUUGAAAAUAAUCCUUACAGCAAACAGAGCAUUCAGAAAAGACUUUUGGAAAGACAGUAUAGCAGAAGGUCUGCAGAUAUUCCAGGGAUUCAUGCCGAAUUGCCGAAGAGCAACGGAACCGAUCUUGUCCUGGUACCCAACGAACCGGAUAUUAAACGGUUCGGCAGAGAUUACUACAUCAAUAAUGCAAAAUCACCAUCUGGAGACAAGACACGAAAACUAGCAACAGCGUCCGCAUCGAGCAGGCCUAGCAGUGCGUUGUCUCAACGUUCGGGUUCGACCGGGACUGAUCAAGAACAACAGGUGAGUUUCGAACUUGGAAAGUUCGAAGAGGCUUCAUUACAUGGUAGCCUCGCUAGACGGAGUUAUCGCGAUCGACACGCCAGUCCAAAUUUUGCGAUCAAUCCUCUGUCGCGUUUGGAACUCAACGAAAAUUUUGAUGAGACGAAGAUGGCGGACGAACCAAGAUUAUUGAUCGAGGAAUCGAAGAAAGAUAUAUUUAUAACUGACGAUCAAAGAUGUAUCAAUAAUGAUGUUGAAACACCUGCCGAUUUAUGGAUAAGCGAGAUACCAAGCAAGUUUCAAAAUGAUGUAACCGUUAUCGACAAUAUCGAAUUCGAUAAUGUGACGAUUAAUCCGUUAUAUCAACCUCCUGAGGAGGAACGUUCACCAAUUGGUUCGAGUCCAAGCGAUCGUGAUUCCGGCAUGGAUUCGAUCGAAUCAAACGAUCUGGGAUCUAAUAAAACGAAGGACGUUUAUUGGGAGAAAUUAUCUUGUUCGAAAGAUGAAAUGAAUGCCAAGGAGAAUCAAAUAAUAUCGACAAAUAACAAGAGAUAUCUUAAUACUUUCAAUUACAAAUAUCAUACUUUUGGGGGAAUCCGAAAUUCGGUUGUUUAUCGGCAAGAUCGUACAAUUAAUUUCGAAGACGACGAUUUUGAGAACGACGUCGUCGAAGAUAAUUUCUUUUUUGGUUCGCCCGAUUUUGUUAAUAUGAAAUUUCAAACGUUCGGUGGGAUAAAAAAGAGGAAAAAGAUCGAUAGUAAAAAGAUACAAGCUUACAGUAGAAUAAAAUUAAGACCAACGAUACAAAUGACGAAGGGAUCGAAGGUUAAUCAUUCAAUGAAUAGAUCCAUUGUUAAUGAUGAUGCAAAUAAGUCGGAGGAUAAAACAAAGAGCGGAACUGUCGACGAGGACGAUUGGCUCGACGAAGAGGAACCUGCGGAUACAAGAUCUCUUGAGUGCCAAUUCAAAUCGAAUGACAGAGAUUUCUUACAACUUUUAAAUCGUAAUUCUAACGUUAGAAAUAGACGUAAAAAGGUCCUCAAAAGACAAACGAAAAUAGGGAGCCUAAAAAAUAACGAAUACAACGAAGAGGACAAGAAUUGCGAAAAUAGAGAUAACGUGGAUGAUACUGAAGUAACAAAUCUUAUGGACGAUACCUCGAGUAUUUCGAAAUCAUUAUCAUCGUCCAAUCAUCCUUAUCACUCGAUAGAUUUGUCAAAGAGAAACGGAGCAAGAAAGAUGAUUGCCAAAGGCAAACUAGUAAGACAAUAUUCACGUUCUUCGGAAGAAGGAAAGUUGAAAUUGGAACCUCCUAUUAUACCACAGGUUAUGGAGCAAAACUUUAAGACGUUGAAAGAGCUUAAAAGUUCUAAUGCUCGAAAAAAGAAACGUAAAGAUGAUCCUACUAAUAAAAUAUUAAAUAUAAGAAGCUUGAGUAAUAUUACGAUUUGGUAACGAUGUCAGAUUUGUUGUGAACGAACGAGGUCCCAUUAUACUUUAUAAUUAUUUUCAUAUCAAAGCUAAAUUUCUGUGGCUAUCAAAGUUAAUCGGUGGACUUUCAAAAAAACCUUGCAUUUAAAGAAUCAAUAUAAGAUGAAGAAGUAUCUCGUAUUCUAGAAAUCGUUUACAAAUGAUAUAUUCCAAAGAAGUAUAUACCAAAAUCGUAGAAUCUUUUGUUCAAAAUUAAUGUGGUAAAAUAUUUACAAUUCAGAUGUGCCAUUGUUCUUUUUCCUAUUUUUUUUUAAACAUUCAUUGUUUAAUCUUGUUUUUGUUUUUUUUUUUAACGAUAAUGUCAUGAAUGUUAUUCAUCUCAGGAAUAUGGCGUACAUAAUUUUACGCCUUAUGAUCUCACUUAAGAUUUAAUUACGAAUAUUAAUUGAUUGGGAGUAAACCGAGGGCCUAACUAUAUUUAACUUCUAAUAUGUAUUAUUAUAUAAACGUUACAAUAAUUUAAAUAUAUUAUUUAUUUAAUA